AUGUCAGUACAGGAGGAGACCACCACCGCUCGGCCCGCGGCAAAGAAGGUACCGUGGCAGAGCAUGCCCGGCGCUCCUACGCGGCCCAACUUUGCUCAAUACGGACCGAAACUCGCGGCGCUGGCGGAUCAGCGGCGUAUACUUAUUGACGAAAUCAAAAAGUUGCAGAGCUCUGUUCAAAACGAUGCGGUGACGCAGGCCCGCAAUGCGGAACGAAAUGCGUUUUUCGAGGAGCUGAAUGAGAUCGAUGCACGCCGCAAGGUUCAGCGGGACCGUCGUGCCGCUCAGGACGCUGAAAUUGCGAAGUUGCGGAAGCGCCGCGGGGAGAUCUCCGACAAGCUGCGGGAGGUGCAGGCAGAGGUUGGCGGCUUCACGAACGUCCGAGAGAUCGAAGAGGCGAUCGACUACAUGAUGCGCAAGAUGGAGAGCAGCGGCGGCGGCCUUGGAGCCGAGCGGCGCAACCAGCAGCGUCUCCAUAAACUGGAGGACGCCAAGACACAUCUGCUCCGGCUUCAGCCCUUGGCGGACGCCAUCAAGGAAAUCACGGAGCAGGAAGUGAUACUUCAGCAGGAGUACCACGCCAUCUGCGAGCAAAUCGGGAUCCUGAACCGGGAGUACGAGGAGAAACUGCAAAAGAAGCGGGCAAAGGACAAGGAAACCCAGGCAGACGGGGCUAAACGGGCUGAUGUGUACAAGCAGUGCGACGAGCUUCGCAUCCGUGUGUCGGAGAUCACGCAGUCCAUGGAGAGCCUGCGGGCGGAGCGCGAGAAGGUGUCUUCUGAAUGGGACGCGUGGAACAAGGAGGCCCGCAAGAAGUACUUUGAGCAGCUCGAGCAGCAGCGCGAGAAGCGCCGCAAGGAGUAUGACGAACGACGCAACGCACACAAGAUCGCCGCGAAGCGUGUCCGAGCUGCGAAGCGUCAGAACCCGUACGCCGCCGAGAUUAGCGCCUGCUCGACGCUCAUUCAGUACCUGAAGCAGAAGAAGAUGAUGGUUCAGCUGGACGAGGAGGACCGCAAGAGGCGCGAGGCUGCGGCACACUUUGACCCCUCGCAGAUGGCACCCGCAGGUUGUGUGGUCGUGAGCGAGAGCAAGUGGUCAGAAAACAAGCCCCUGGGCAAAGCUGCAAAGAAGCAACAGAAGCAUCAGCAAAAGAAAAAUGAGAAUACCCCCACCGUGAAGCCGAGCAGCGUGGCGAACCCCCAGCAGGAUCGCGUUCUGCAGCACCCGGAAGACAAGACACGGCUUUUCCAGAUGAUAGAGGUUGAUCCGGUACUGUCGCUUGCGUCCAUCGACGACAAGAUUCGCCACAUUGAGGUGCUGAAAAGCCAGUAUGAGUCACACAUUCAGACGGGCGAGUUGGUGCUCUCUAGUGGCGACGACGAAGACGAGGAGGCGCCGGACGACGGGGGUGACACGCCCUCGCCAAAGGCUCCAGAGGAUGCGGAGACGCCGGGGACGAAGGCGACUGAGGAGGCUGCCUAG